AUGAAGGGCUGAGACACAUUGUCCGAACACCACAAUCCCUCAAGAGCGAAUUUCCAGUACUGUUUACAUAUUAGUAUUAAGCAAAUACUUUGAUUCAUCAGACCCUCUAAACCCGGUGAAGAACUAUACAAAUUCAAAUUCUCACGUGUCUUUAUCAGCUUCAAAUAAUAUAAGAACAUCUUGUAAACUAAAUAGGAACAGAUAUACAAUCAAUGACUGGCAUGCUUUACUCACUGGGUCGACUAAAGGAGAAUUCCUGGACUUUAAUGGUUGUGACAACCAAGCAAGUAAUGAUCCUGAUGGAGCCACUUCAACGUCAAUAGGAUUCCAAAUAGAUGGGCUGGUUAAUGAGUACGAAACUACAGUUAUUAGUUUCCUCGAGAUUCUUGGGCAAGCAGGAGGUAUUUUCGAGAUCCUGUUCCUAAUGUUCUCAAUUGUUUUAAGAGUCUUUACAAAAUUCCUAUUACAAAAGGAAAUUAAGAAGGUUCAAAAUAAAGAAAAACUAAAGGAAGAGUGGUUCACUUAUCCAACUCAAAAUCCUCUUGAGUUUCGUAAAAAUAAGAGAAGGAACAAAAUUAAGAGUAUUGCUCUCGAGUCUAUGGGCAAAUACAGAAUGUGCAACCGUAAUACAAAUAGCCAGAAGUACAAUCCUGUUGAAGACCGAAGCCAGUGAAAUUAG